AAGAUGGCGGCGCAGUGAAAAUUGUGCAAGAUGAACACUUUUUUGAAAAGUUUCAAGAGAAUAAGCCCUUAUUUGAACGAUUGCUAUGGCCUACACUAUUCCACGCUUGAACACCAAGUUUGAUAUUUGCGCUUUUGGUAGAAAUCUGAUCAGAGAACGUGCAAUUUUCAGGAGCAAACUGAGAACAUUGCCGACCUCGUACCAUCGACAUUUUUCAUCAAAACAUUCAAAAAAGAACUUUUAUAAGAUUCUUGGUGUUUCUCCUAAGGCUACACAAGCACAAAUUAAGGCAGCUUAUUAUGAUUUGUCUUUAAAGCAUCAUCCUGAUCGUCACAAAGGAUCUCAGAAGUCUCACGGGAUAUUCCAGGAAAUCUCCGAGGCGUAUGGUGUCCUCGGCAGUUUAGACUCGCGUAAACAAUACGAUCGUGCGCUGAUUGUAGAAGGUGUUCUAGCUCCAGAGCAGGCUAGACCUUUUCACGCACCACCAAAACCUUCAGCUUCAAUUUAUGACUUUGAUGAAUGGACCAGGAAGCACUAUUUCCAGGCAUUGAUAAGAAAACAAAAAGACAAGAAAGAAAGAAGAGAUGAAGAAAUUGAGAGAAACACUCAUAAAUUACCUGAAGGAUCUUUAAGACUUGUGUGUCUAGCAGUAUGUUUAGCUAUUUUUGUGAUAGGAAUUUCCUCUCACCGACAUACUCGGCAAAUGGGAAAUCAAGAAGAACAGCAAGAUCAGUAGAUCUAUGUGCAAGAAACUGUGGACACAAAUAAAUUUUGCCCCUCGACAAUAGUUGAGGUGAUGGUUUUGGCACCCUUGCUGAGGAGUAGGCAAAGUAUCGCAAAAUAACAAGGAUUUACAUGUAGUAAGAAAUCAAUGUCAAAUAAUUCCUGCUGAAUUCAAAUUCGGAAAGAGUUAUCAAGUUCAAACAUUAAAUACUGCAAAAAUGGAGGUUACUUGCCAAAUUUGAAGGACAUACUUGAUCUAGGGAGGGAGUAAACUCAUUUUUAGUUCUCCAUACAUUUCUUUGUAAUUUCCUGCAUGACACUAAUGAAAAAUACAAAGAAAUGUAUUAAAAAACAAAAUAGAUUUACUCUCUCCCUAGAUAAUGUUAAUCCUUCAAAUUUUGCCAGUUAACUCCUUUUUGUAGUAUCUAACAUUUGAAAUUGAUAAUUCUUUCCAAAUUUGAAUUCAGCGAGAAUUAUUUGACAUCGUUUCCUGGUCUAUCCUCGUUAUUUUGCAACACUUUGCCUACUCGUCCAAGAUGGCGGCCAAAACCAUCACCUCAACUAUCUAUCUUGAUAAUCACACAGGUGAUGUUCUUUUCAUGUUUGGAGCUUUACCAGAGCUGUGACCAGAACAGUUACGAGGGAAGAUAAAAUAUGUGGUGAAUUUUCAAAAUUGAACAGUGAUUAUUGACGUAAUUAUUGUGCUAGUGUGAGGGCAGAAUUUUAUACCUGAUCACUUCAUGUGAGCAACAUAACAACCAGAAAAAUCAGAAAUGUUGAAAUGUAUGUAACAAAUUUAUAUAUUAACUUUGCUUAAUUUUGAUAAUAUCAAUGCGAUAUAUUUGUAAUA